GCCAGGUCCACUCCCGUCACAAGACACGGUGCGCCUAGGAUUUCCAUCACAACCAAAAUGGCGGAGUAAAGAGACGGUUGGGCAUCACGUUGAACUGGGCACGUUUUGUUGUAGUGUUUAAUUGAAUGUUAUAUUUUUAAAAAAGAAGACCCGGAUAAUGUAACUGUGCUUGGACCCGAACAUACAGACGCCGUAACAGGACACAUAUCUUGCGCGUAAGUAGAAUGAUAUCCGCCGCGCGGGGAUGGGAGAUGAUGGAAGACAAAGGCCCUCGCGUAGCGGACUACUUUGUGGUGGCCGGCCUGACGGACUCGUCCAAGCCGCUGGACGAGGAGCUCCACUUCGAUGACGUCUGCCACAAGUGGGCCAAGCCCAGGGCGCCCAUCACGGACGUGGUGGUGGUGAUGCGCUCGCUGGGGGAGGAGGUGCCGGCGGGGUACACCUGCGUGGACACCACCCCCUCCGGCCUGUCCGCAGACCUGACCGGGGGCAGCCUCAUGGGCCCCCAGAUCUUCGUCUGCUACAGGAGGGGGCGGGACAAGCCCCCGCUCACUGACCUGGGAGUGCUCUACGAGUGGAAAGAGCGACUGAAACCGGGCUGUGACAUCAUCCAGACCACGCCCUCUGGUCGCCCGGCCAACAUCAGCAGCAACUCCUCCCAGCGCAUCUAUAUCACGUACCGCCGUGCCCCUGACUCCCUGCCUCACGCCUCGCUGGCCGUUACCGAUAUCUGCAUCAUCAUCCCAGGCAAGGGCGAGACUCCGCCCCACACCUUCUGCAGGGUGGACAAGAACCUCAACAGCAGCAUGUGGGGUUCCUCAGUCUACUUAUGCUACAAGAAGUCUGUGGCCAAAACCAACACUAUAGCCUACAAAGCAGGGCUGCUUUGCAGGCACCCUGAGGAGAACUACGAGUCAUUCCCACUGCCGGAGUCAGUGCCCCUCUUCUGCCUCCCCAUGGGAGCCACCAUCGAGUGCUGGCCUUCGCAGACCAAGUACUCCCUGCCCGUCUUCUCCACCUUCGUCCUGACUGGAGCCUCUGGGGAAAAGGUGUACGGAGCUGCUAUCCAGUUCUACGAGCCGUACCCUCAGGAGCGCCUGACGGACCGGCAGCGCUCCCAGCUGGGCCUGCUGGACGGGGAGAGGAAGGGCGGCGGCCCCAGGGCCGUGCACACCAACAAGUGCAUCUGCCUGCUCUCGCACUGGCCCUUCUUCCACGCCUUCCGGAAGUUCCUCACCUUCCUGUACCGCUACUCCAUCUCCGGCCCCCACGCGCUGCCCAUCGAGAAGCAUGUCUCGCACUUCAUGCACAAGGUCCCCUUCCCCUCUUCCCAGAGGCCCCGGAUACUGGUGCAGUUGUCCCCACAUGACAGCCUGAUGCUGAGCCAGCCAGUGUCCUCACCCCUGCCCCUGAGCGGCGGCCGGUUCUCCACGUUGCUGCAGAACCUGGGCCCGCAGAACGCCGUCACCCUGCUGGUGCUGGCCGUCACCGAGCACAAGAUCCUGGUGCACUCGCUGCGGCCGGCCGUGCUGACCAGCGUGGCCGAGGCGCUGGUGUCGAUGAUCUUCCCCUUCCACUGGCCGUGCCCGUACAUCCCCUUGUGCCCGCUGGCCCUGGCCGGGGUGCUGAGCGCCCCCUGCCCCUUCAUCGUGGGGGUGGACUCCCGCUACUUCGACCUGUACGAGCCCCCACCCGACGUCAGCUGCGUGGACCUAGACACCAACAGCAUCUCCCACACCGAAGAUAAGAGGGCCCUGACCUGGAAGAUCCUACCCAAGAAGGCCUGCAAGAACCUGCUCAACGUCCUCAGCAACCUGUACCAGCAGCUGGCCGAAGGCCAGCAGAGGCCCCGGGAGGACGGGCUGCUGGAGCUGGCUGUGAGCGAGCACUGUGACCUGGCCGGGGGGAAGAGCCUGCAGGCCCUGGAGAUGGAGAUCCAGGAGGCCUUCCUGCGCUUCAUGGCCGCCGUGCUGAAGGGCUACCGCUCCUACCUGCGGCCCAUCACCCAGGCGCCCUCCGAGAAGGCCACCGACGCCAGCUCCCUGUUCGACCUGCAAGGGUUCCUGAGGAGUCGUGACCGCUCCCACCAGAAGUUCUACUCCCUCAUGACCAAGACGCAGAUGUUCAUCCGCUUCAUCGAGGAGUGCUCCUUCGUCAGCGACAAGGACGCCAGCCUGGCCUUCUUCGACGACUGCGUGGAGAAGCUGUACAACACAGAACGAAGUGCAGACAAAGGAGGGAAGGUCGAUGGGGACCGUCCAGAGGAUACCAGGCUCAUAGAGCUGGACGAAUCGCAACGCAGCGAGCACACCGUCUUCAUCACCCCCCCAGAGCUGCCCCCGCUUCCCGAGGGAGAGGAGUAUCCGCUGUGCUACAGCUACGGCGGUUUUCCCGUGCUGAGCCGCGAGCUGUUCGACCCUCAGGAAGGCCUGCGGACGCCCGCGUCCCGCCUGGCCACGCGCCACAGCUGCAGCACCAGCCCCGCCCCCAUGUUCCGCCGCACCAAGCAGGAGAUCCGAUCGUCGCAGAAGAUGGCCAAGAAGUACUCGUCCAUCCCGCAGAUGUGGUCCAAGUGCCUGCUGCGGCACUGCUACGGCCUGUGGUUCAUCUGCCUGCCCGCCUACGUGGCGGUGUGCCACUCCAAGGUGCGGGCGCUGCGCACCGCCUACGACGUGCUGCGGAGGAUGCAGGCCAAGCGGCUGCAGCCCCCCGACGAGGUGUGUUACCGCGUUCUGAUGCAGCUCUGCGGGCAGUACGGCCAGCCCGUCCUCGCGGUGCGGGUCCUGUUCGAGAUGAAGAAGGCCGGCGUCCACCCCAACGCCAUCACCUACGGCUACUACAACAAGGCUGUGUUAGAGAGCACCUGGCCCUCCAGCACCAGGGGCGGCUACUUCCUGUGGAUCAAGCUGAGGAACGUGGUUCUGGGCGUGGCCCGCUUCCGCCGGGCGCUGAGGAAGCAGCAGUCCAGCGUGGCGCUCACCCCCCUGUCAGAUGGCAGUGACCUGGACGCGGUCAGCCACGGCAGCCUGGAUAGCGCUAACGACUCUAACCCCGUGGAGCAGAGCCCCUUCGGCGCUGACUUAAUCAAAGUAGACUCCACAGACGAUAGGUCUAGCACAGGCGGCCAGUCUGAUCUGGGGUACAACUCCCUGUCCAAAGAGGAGGUGCGCCGGGGAGAGAGCAGCCCUCAGGACAGCGCCCGGGACCAGGAGGAGGACAAGAAGGAGAGCGACUCCAGCUCCUUGUCGGAGACCGAGAGCGCCAAGGGCAGCGGCGACUGCCUCCCGCAGCUGGACUUCCCAGCAGUCCGAGGCCCGUUCCAGCCCCGCGCUGGCAUCGUUCGCGGCAACUGUCCCUUCGACAACGCGGACAGCCAGGCUAAUGACGCAAGUGCAGCGCAUGCCGCUGGCCUGCUCUUCUCUUCCUUGGAGGAGCUGGGAGCGGUUGAGGGCGGCGGCUUGCGCAGGAGGCACAGGAGCGCGGUGGAGGAGGGCCGGGGUGCGACGGACUGGCCCGGGGUCAGAGGUCGCAGUCUGAGCGGGGACGCGACGGGGCGCAGGGUCCUGGGGCUGGGGAUGACCCAGGGAGAGACGGACCCCGCCCGCAUCGCAGGGAAGCUGGGCGCCGACGCCAAGAUCCUCUGCGGAACCUUCCAGACGUCCGCGAGGCCGGGCUCUCUGAGCAGCGGCGGCGCUGGCGGAGCGGGCGUGGUCAGACCCAGCUCGCUGGACAUCGGCACGCCCAGGCGUCGCCACAGAGACAGCCGAGAAAGAGACUUCAGCGACGAGGACAAGGCCGACGCCCCCGCCAUCUUCGACCUGGAGGACCUGGACGCGGAGGCGGGCGAGGGGCAGGGGGCGGGGCGGGGGGCGGCGGGCAGGCGCAGGAGAGGGGUGGAGCGCAGCGUGAGCGUCGGCAGCUUCGGCGGGCAGGCGGUGAAGCGGACGGGCAUCGAGACGGGCUUCGACCCGCUCUCCCUGCUGGCGGCCCAGACGGAGCGGCGGCAGGAGGAGGCGGAGCCCGAGCGGGAGGGCGGGCCGCUCACGCCCCGCCGCGACCUGGCCGAGGAGAUCGAGAUGUACAUGAACAACAUGGGCAGCCCCCUGAGCAGCCGCGCCCCCAGCAUGGACCUGCAGGAGCCCGCCAGCCCCGCCCUGCAGGCCACGCCCACGUCCCGCCGCCCCAGCCUGCCCCACAGCUCGCCCCGGCCCGCCGGCCUCCCGCGCUCCCGCACCUACCACUCCCGCCCCCGCCCCCGCCUCUGGUCCUCCCCCACCUUCUCCCAGGGCAGCCCCCGCCGUGAGCAGGAGUCUGCCGUGGACCUGCCCUCCCCGUCCUCCUUCGCCAUCGACUCCCUCCUCACCCCCACGCUGGACGUCUUCAAGAGCAGCGUGGUUUCUGCCGGGAAGGGCGUGGCAGAGAAGGCCAGCCGCUGGUACUCGCGGUUCGCCACCUACACCACGCCCUCUAAGGAUGCGAACUCGGACCGGGCCAGCGUGUCCUCUCUGGGCACGGGGGACCCAGACUGCUCCUCCCUGCUGGAUGAGGAGCCCUGCCUGGACCCCUCCAGCCCCACCUCUCCCCAGCGCAACGGCAUCAUGGGUCCCAAACGGAGCCCCCUCCGGAGCAGUCAGGAGAGUCCCACCCUGCCCCCCGGCCCAGGGCGCCCACGCCUUCUCUCAGGCUUUGCGGCCUCCCCCUCCUGCUCCCCCCAGCUGGACAAGCCCGAUCUGAGCUCCUCCCGCUGCUCCAGCAGCACCAGCAGCAGCAGCGCCUUCCAUAACUACGCCAUGGAGGUGCUGAUCUCCAGCUGCUCGCGCUGUAAGACCUGCGACUGUCUGGUGUACGACGAGGAGAUCAUGGCUGGCUGGACAGCAGAUGACUCCAACCUCAACACCACCUGCCCCUUCUGCGGAAACCCCUUCCUGCCCUUCCUCAAUGUGGAGAUCAGAGACCUGAGAGGACCUGGCAGGUACUUCCUGAAGAGCAGUCCAUCUGCUGAAGAGGCGGGCUCGUCAUCAUUCUUCAUGUCCACCGGGCUGGGCACUGGCACGUCUACGCUGACCACACCCUGCCCCAACACAGCUUUCUCCCCAUCCUCCCCUACGAUCACCGUGCAGGAGUGUUCCGGAAACAGCCGGAAUGGCUGCCCUCCACCCCACAGCAUCGAGAUCGCCAUGGCGCGUCAUCCGGCUGGCCUCUCCACACCAGCCCCGCUGGCCCGCAGCGUCAGCACCUGUGGCCCCGUGGAGGAGCCCCCGAGGCCCUGUCACCGCGUCCCCACGGGGAGCCUGCCCAGCCGCCUCAACGACCACGGGGGUCCUCUGGACAUGGAGUGGCGCCUGCACACCCCUGAGCCAGUGACCGUGCCCUACCUGAGCCCGCUGGUCCUGUGGAAGGAGCUGGAGAGCCUGCUGGAGAACGAGGGCGACCAGGCCAUCACCGCCUGCAGCAUUGUGGACCAGCACCCCAUCGUCUUCUGGAACCUGGUCUGGUUCUUCCGUCGGCUGGACCUGCCCAGCAACCUGCCCGGCCUCAUCCUCACCUCAAAACACUGCAACCACGACACCAAGGUUCCUCGCCACUGGAUGUCAGAAGACAGCAAGCACGUGUUGAUCCAGAGGCUUUGGGAUAACCUGAAGCUGCAGCAGGACCCCAUCCAGCCCCUCUACAUCCUGUGGAACACUCGCAGUCUAAAUUACACUCUUAUAACAGAGAGCCAGAGCUCAGCGGCCCUGCAGCGGCUGCAGGAGGAGGAGGGCCCGUUUGGGGAGGAGGUCCUGCAGAGCGUGGUGAAGAGCAUCCAGAAGAACGACGUGUACGGGCCCAUGAGCCAGGUCCUGCAGCUGCUCGGAGACUCACUGGGCGUCCGGAGGCAGAGGAGUUUAUACCGAGACAUCCUGUUCCUGUCCCUGGUGGCCCUGGGCAAAGACAGCAUCGAUAUCGAUGCCUUUGACCGGGAGUACAAGUCGGCAUACGACCGCCUGACGCCUAACCAGGUCAAGCUGACGCACAACUGCGACCGUCCGCCCAGCGCCGGCGUCAUGGAGUGCCGCAGGACGUUUGGGGAGCCCCACCUCUGAGCCCCACCUCUGAGCCCCGCCUUUGAACCCCACCCAGCCGCUCCUGUCCUGCCCCUGGGCUCCACGCAGAACAGAGAGAACAGAUCUGCUGUGUGAGAAGCAGGACUCCACUCUAGUUUUCUAUCACUGCCCUGGACCCCCCCCCCCCCCCCCCCCCCCCCCCCCCCUCCCGCAGCCACUCCCACA